CACGGAUCAGGGAGCAAGCUCACGGCUCUCCUGAGUCCCGGAGCUGUGCUGCUCACGGUGUUUCGGGAGCGUCCAGUUGACAGCGCGCAUCUCCGGACUCACACUAAAGGAGCCGUGCAGCGCCCCCCUCCCCCCCCCAAAAAAAGAAACCCACCUCGACGACCAACUUGCAUCCGACCCGUGACGCCCCUCGGACCUCCAAACAUGGGUUGCUUCGAGUGCUGCAUCAAAUGUUUAGGCGGCGUGCCGUACGCGUCGCUGGUGGCGACCAUCUUGUGCUUCUCCGGCGUGGCCCUCUUCUGCGGCUGCGGUCACGUGGCGCUGACCGGCACCGUCAGCAUCCUCGAAAGUCACUUCUCCAAGGUCGCCAGCGAUCACGCCAUGCUCACCGACGUAAUACAGCUGAUGCAGUACGUCAUCUACGGCAUCGCCUCCUUCUUCUUCCUCUACGGCAUCAUCCUGCUGGCGGAGGGCUUCUACACCACCAGCGCCGUCAAGGAGCUGCACAGCGAGUUCAAGACCACCCUCUGCGGACGCUGCAUCAGCGGAAUGUUCGUGUUCCUCACCUACAUUCUGGGCGUGGCCUGGCUGGGCGUGUUCGGCUUCUCCGCCGUGCCCGUCUUCCUCUUCUACAACAUGUGGUCCACCUGCGCUAACAUGAAGUCGUCCAUGUCCAACCUCACCGACAUCGACUCCAUCUGCGUGGACGUCCGUCAGUACGGAAUCAUCCCGUGGAACGCAACCCCGGGGAAGGCCUGUGGAUCCACGCUAGGCGACAUCUGCAACACAAGCGAGUUCUACCUGUCGUAUCACUUGUACAUUGUGGCCUGUGCUGGAGCCGGAGCCACCGUGAUCGCUCUGAUCCACUUCCUCAUGAUUCUCUCCGCAAACUGGGCCUACCUUAAGGACGCCAGUCAAAUGCAUGCCUACCAAGACAUCAAAAUGAAAGAGGAGCAGGAGCUGCAGGACAUCACGUCACGCUCCAAAGAAUGCCUUCAUUCCUACACAUGAGGGCAUUGCACACGCGAACACACACACACACACACACACAUUUCACGCUAGAGGGCAGGCGAAGGGCGACCGUUCUGGCCCGUCCGGACAAGGCAGAACCUACAAUAACCAACCACCUGUGCCGUACUAACAGACUAACUAACACGCUGCAGUUUCUGCGCUAACUCACCAUGUAGUUAUUUCCCAUUUUCUUUUUUCUUAUUUAGCCAUUUGCAUUGAAUUGUUACCCCCCCAAACCCCGCCCCCCCACCCCAUCGUGGCCCUCUGUUUUAAUUGAGUCCGCAUAAUCCAUCCUCGACGUGUGCAAAAAAAAAAAAAAAAAAAAAAAAAAAAAAACCCACUGCUGUGAAUUCACGUAAACAGGUUUAAAUAGUAGAAAUAUGGAAAGCGUGCAUGGAGGCGGUUCUGCGUGCAAAUGCGUUAACUUCAUGGGCUAUAUUAACUCUACCUCAGGGGUCUGCUGGAGAUGGAUGGACAUGGAAAAUGGCAAGCAUGUACAGUAAAACUAGACAGUUCGUUAAUUUCAUUGCAAUGCUCAUUAAGCCACAAAAUUAGGUACACCUGCAAACUCAAACACGACAGGUGCACUUGAGGGAAAUUAGACCAGAAUUUUCCAUUUAUUUCAGGAUUUCAAUUGAAAAUGUAAAACUAAAAUACUUCAGUAUUAUUAUGUUUUAAUUUUUUUAUUUUGAGGGGUUAAAAACCGGCGGCGGCUGGUAAAACGGUCUCACGGUUCUGAGGUCCCGGGUUUGAUCCCCGCUCCGCCUGUGUGGAGUUUGCGCGUCGUACCACAUCCCAAAAAUCAUGCAAGAUUAAUUGCAAACUCUAAAUUGCCCCUUGGUGUGAUUGGGAGUGCGGCUGUUUGUCUCCAUGUGCUCUCCGAUUGGCUGGCAACCACUUCAGGGUGUACCCCGCUUCCUGCCCGUUGACAGCUGGGAUAGGCUCCAGCACGCCCCGCGACCCUUGUGAGGAUAAGCGACAAAGAAAAUGGAUGGAUGUAUAUAUACAGGUGCAUGUAAGGAAAUUAGACUGCAGAAGCUUUCGUUUGUUUCAGGAUUUAAAAUGAAAAACAAAAAUAUUUCAAAUAUUAUUAUUGUUUUUAAUUUUGAGAUUAAAAAUCCUAGUUUACUGUCAAGAAAUUUGAAUAUUGUAUAAGAAACAAUCAAAAAUAACUCUUAAUAUAGAAAUUUGGCCAGGUGAAAAAAUAUUUCCUUCUUUAAUGAAUCUGUAUUUCACAACUUUCACUUUUUUAACUGAACUACAGAAAUAAAUGGACCUAUGAUAUUCAAAUUUCUUGUAUGUAGAACACAGUCCAUGUUAUAGUGCGGCUUUAAUUUUCGCCACUUUAGUUUUUUUAAAAAAAAAGGACGUCACUUCCAGGGUUUUAGGGAAAGUUAUGUGACGACAGAAUUGAAAAAAAACAUUUUGAAAUGAGCUCACUUUUAGAACUCGUUGCAACGUUUUUAAACGUGUUUGCUUUUAAAAAAAAUAACGAUGUCUUUCACUUAACCCUUUCCAGGCAGUGGUUGGAAAUUUUCAACAGGUAUAUAUAUAAUAUAAUAUCAAAAAUUCCAAGUCCACAGUAUCCUUUUCUGAAAGUAUCAGAUUUUUCUCUCUGCAAUAUUUUAUUUGGUCCAGAGAGAGUAAAAAUGCAGAUUCAUUGCAGCAAUUUCUUUUUUUUAUUGCUGCAGAUCCCUUAAACCCUCAAAGUUUUAAAAUGACAACUCGUAUGUGAUUCUAUUUCUAAGUAUUUUAGUAACCAAUAUAUAUGAAAGAUCCAUUUGUGGCACAGGGUAUCCUUGUAAGGAGUUUUUUUUAAUGCUUUAUAAAGAUUUCAUAGCCUGUGAGAGUGAUCGAAUGCUUGCUAAGUAUUGAGUCCAAAACUUUGCUAACCAUGAAUGGAAGAACAGCAGCUAAUUGUUUUUAUGUACUGUAUAUAUUUACAUCUUGCACUAGUUUCAAUUUUACAAAAAUAAGUAGUA